AUGCCGGAUUAUAUCAAACAAGUUACGGUUACCGGUGACGUAUCAGCAGUUACCGAUAAAGAUGAUUUAUUGCAAGAAUGGUGUGCUGAAGUUGCAAAAGAAGUUUGGGAGCAAAAACCGGAAUUUGCAAUUAUACAUAUACAAGGAUUGCGGAAUGCCGAAAAUCCUGACAUUCUUUCGAAUAGAAUUUUAAAAAGCAUACUAUACGAUGCGGCUGAAGUACAAAAUUUAUUUAAAACAAGCCGCUCAUAUUUUGACACUCGUGAAACGGGUCUUGGAUCAAUUUAUUUAUUUCGUGAACAUGAUGAAGUAGAGUCGUUUGAUCGCUACAGUAAUAGCGGCUAUAAAAGUCUUCGUCCAGGACAUCAAUAUGAAAUUGGUGCACGAGAAUGUGAUGGUUUCAUUUCAAAUAUAUUUAAUAAUGCUUCAAGUUCAGCUUCCAAUUAUUCAUUACGUUAUGAAGGAAAUUUUUACCGUAAUGAUAAUCAGCGAAAUGAGAAAAUAGAUGGAAAAAAAACCGUACAAAGUGGUUAUUUAAUGUCACGUUUUCGUAUUUAUGGUCGCGAUUUUACAUUUGUCAAUCUUAGCUUACAUACUGUACCAUUUGAAGAUAUUAAAGAACUUGUCGAACAGCCUGAAACGACGAAAGCUGCACGAUUACGACGAAAUCAAAUUGAUAUUUUACUCAAAGAGAUUGAAUCGGAGGGAUUAAAAGAUGAUUCAGUUCUUGUUGCUGGUGCCUUUAAUGCCCAACUGUUUGAAACACAUCUACUUAGUGAUAUGGCAAGUACUCAGAGAGCUACAAGUUAUGCAAGAAAGAGUGCUGAUGGUAAAUUAGAAGGUAUUGAACAACGUGAUCGUCACGGCCGAAGUGUGCUAACUGUGGAAACUCAUCGUUUUGAUCUUCAUUCCAUACAUGAUUGGUUCUUUCGUCUUGGUAGAGGACAAAUGGUCAAAAAAUACAAUGGUGAACUUGCACAAGUUGUUUUUGCCGGUAAACUACUGGAAGAGUCGGUAUUUUUUCAGCCAUCACGCCAUUAUGGUAUAAAUAAAAUGACAGGAAAGGAGGAAUUUAUGAAAAAUUUAUGUCCAGCUUGGGCUGAUCGCGUAUUAUACAAUGAAAAACUAAGCGACUUAUUCAGACAUGAUUCAUUUUGCGCAUCUGGUUUGUACUAUGGAUUGGUUGCGGAGAAAAAAUUCGUUGGACAGCAUAAGCCUGUUGCUUUGCAUGCUACAAUAUGCCUUAAAUAA